CGUAUGACAAGGCGGGGCGGCCAUCUUUUGUGUGUCGGAUUGUGAUUGUGAAGAGUGGAAGGGGACUAAACAAACGGAAGGGGGACACAGCAUUGGGAUAUUCUCAAACACUAUCCCCAAGCCAUGGUGAAGAUUUUUGUUGGUGGUGUCUCUCCAUCCGCAUCCCCUGAAGAGUUAAAGAAGCUCUUUGAGAGUUAUGGUCAGGUGAAUGAAUGUGACAUUCUCAAAAACUAUGCCUUUGUCCACAUGGAAAGAGAGCAGGAUGCUCACCGUGCUAUUGGAGAAUUGCACAAACAGGAGUUCUAUGGCUCCCAUCUUACUGUGGAAUAUGCAACGUCAAAGAUUCGCAAUGCCACCAAAAUAUACGUGGGCAAUGUCUCAAGCAGGGCGACAACAUCCCAAAUAAAGGAGUUAUUUGAGAAGUUUGGGAAAGUUGUGGAAUGUGAUAUAGUAAAGAAUUAUGCUUUUGUACACAUGGCCAAGGAAAGAGAAGCCAUGGAUGCGAUUUUGCACCUUAAUGAUACACCUCUGGAGGACCAGAAGAUCUUUGUUACUCUGUCCAAGAGCAACAAUGCCCCAAAGAGCUCCAAGUUAGCAUCUGCAGCAGUUGUUGCAGUCCAAACAGCACCCCAACCUCCUCCACCACCACCUGCUUAUUACUUUCAUCGCGGACGCCUGCCACAACCUCCACCUUCUUUCUCACCAUUUUCACCUCGAUGUUGGUAUGAAAGGGAGUACUAUGAGAGAUACACAUAUGAUUUCUACGACAGAAGUGGGCUUGGAGCUCGUGCUGCGUAUGAAAGAGCCCUUGCUCCAGCUGCAGUGGUAGCUGCAGCUGCUGCAACCCUUCCAACUGCUCCCGUAGCUGCUGCUGCACCAGCUCCACCAUCAAUCAGCGCAGCCUUGGCUCCCGCAGCAUACAGGGACAGAAGUCCUGUUGGCAGGAGGACAGCAGCAGCUGUUAUGGCACAGUAUGCUGAUCCAUAUGGAGCAUCUCAAGCUUACAGCCAGAGUUACAGCCAAGCCUACGCCUCUGCUUUCUCUCAGUAUAGCUUGGGAGCAGCAGGUUACAGUCCCGCUGAGUACUACGAGAAAUAUGCUAACGGGUAUGCAGGCCAGUACAGCCAAACUUAUUAAGCUACACAAAACCACCUACACUCUCUUUUCCCAGUUUGCUUCUUUUUUUUUAAUCUUAUACAGAGAGAAAGUAUUACAGUGCAGUAACUGGUGGGAUUAAAACCUGUCAGUCUGUGAAAAUGACAUGGGACAGGGAAGCAGCAAAUGGGAAACUGAUUACUACACUAUUUUAACGUAAAUAAUCAUUUAAAUGGUUUGUCUAUACUGUGAGUUAGAGAGGCCAAUACUAUAGCAUGCCUCUCCAUACUAAGGAGUUAUUGUGUAACAAUGGUAAUCAGAAAAACAGGAGCCCUAACAAUAUCAAUCAUGGAUAUCUCAUACUUGCCUUCACAAACUUCUAUCUUGGUUAUGCAUUUAGUGGAAAAUAUUAUCACAUAUAACAAUUAAAUCAUACUGAUGAUAUAGAGAUCUCUGUGUGUAACACUGAGCAUCAGGUCAGAUAAUAAAUUGUCCGGCUGGAAAGCAGUACGCUGCAACAGA